AUGACGCAAUUUGACGCGUACCGUAUUAAGAUGCAGACCGCUGGUCUAUCGACGGAAGCUAUUAAAGCUUUUGAAUACUCUUACGAGGCCCUUGUGAGCGGUGAGACGGGUAUGAUCACUGAGGACUCGAUUAAACCAUUUGAUAAUCUACCGUACCUUGAAAAUAAGACUGGCAGCAUUCGCGAGUCGAUUAAAGCCGAUCCGGAACUUCUUAAGGAAACGGUCGUACUUAAGUUGAAUGGUGGUCUUGGCACUAGUAUGGGCCUUGACAAGGCAAAAUCUUUACUACCUGUCAAGGGUGACGACACUUUCCUAGACAUUAUGGCCAAGCAAGUAACAGAGCUACGGAAUACCCACAAGUCCCAUGUACGUUUUGUGCUUAUGAACAGUUUUAGCACGAGUGCAGACACCCUUGAGUACUUGCAAAAGUAUCCUGAGCUAGUUGAGGAUGAGACACUGGAACUGCUACAGAACAAGGUGCCAAAGGUAGACGCUUUGAGCUUAGAGCCGGCUACGUACUCGACCAACCCCCUCGAAGGAGUGGUGCCCGCCGGGACACGGUGA